AUGUAUUCAUCUAAAAGACCAUAUAAAAUAUUACAAAAGGGGAAAAUAAAUGACGAUAAUAAAAAAGACACUAAUGAAAAGAAAAAAGAAGAUAUAGUUUGUGAAGAUAGUAAAAAAUAUAUUAGUGAGAGAAAAAAAAAAGAAGAAUUAAAAUAUUAUGGAAAAAGUUAUAGAAAAUAUAAUAACAAAAAUUAUGAAGAAAAUGAAAGAAGAAAAAAAAGUUCAAGAAAUUAUAAUUCUGGUAGUAACUAUUAUGAAAAAUAUUCAAAAAUAUAUACUAAUUGCAAUGAUGAAAAAUUGAACAAUCAAACAUCAUUAAAAAAGAAAAACGAUGUAUUAGUAUCUUUGUUAACUCAAGCGAAAAAUGAUGUUAAUAAAAAAAAAAUUGUAGUAAGACAUUUACCUCCAACUUUAAGUGAAAACCAUUUUUUUGACUCAUUUUCAAAUAAUCUGAAAGAUGAAUUAGAUUAUUACUAUUUUGUUAAUGGAAAGAUAGGGAAGGAUUCAUCUUCUGAUAUAAUUCAUUCACGCAUUUAUUUAUCUUUUAAGGAUGAUUUAAAAACAGAGGAGUUCAUAAAAAGUCAACAUGGCAAAUUUUUUUAUGACAUAAAUGGGGUUAGGUAUAAAGCAAUUGUAUCAUUAGCACCAAAUCAAACACUAAUACAAAAAAAUAAACAUGAUGGUAGAAAUAAUACCUUAGAAUCGGAUGAAUAUUUUUUAAAAUGUUGUGAAGAAAUGAAUAAUCCUAUUCAACCACUACGAAAAGAUAUAGAUUAUUAUGAAUUAAUUAAUGUAGUAAAUGAAAAUGGUGCUAUACUAUCUCCUAUAGUUGUAGAAUUAAGAGAUAAAUUAAAAAAAAAAAAAUAA